AAAAUCAGCCGAUAUCGGGUGUGCGCCGGCCUUUAACCUCAAUUCACCAGAAGUCAUCACACAAAAGAUUGCCUCAUACGUACGUCUCCACGAUGUCCAAACGCCUAAAAACCAAUGACGCCGAGGAAAGCGAAGAGUUCUUUCCAGAUAUCCAGGCUAUAGAGUACCGACCGGACGCCUCACCCGACGAUACGCUAUGCUUCAAACACUACAAUCCGAAACAGGUGGUGAUGGGAAAGACAAUGGAGGAGUGGCUUCGUUUCUCCGUUUGUUUCUGGCACACCUUUAGAGGAACAGGAGCGGACCCGUUUGGUGGCGGUACGUUGGUCAGGCCCUGGGAUGACGGAACCAACACGCUGGGCAACUGCAAGCGCCGACUGAGAGUUGCUUUCGAGUUUUUCACGAAGCUCGGUGUCAAAUAUUGGACAUACCAUGAUAG